AUUCACCGUAUCCACCAAAGUAUGAGGCACCCCAGAUCAGAACCGGUGCUUUCUAUUUCAGGGUAGCUCACGACUCAUGCCGACAGAUGCUAACAGAAAACUGCGCGCUGGGAUUUUACACAGAGCGUUACAGUGGUCCUGUGCGAAGACCGUGCCAGUGGACUGAGGAAUCCGGGCAGAUCACCAUGGAAACGUACCGUUAGCUACGUUAGAGGAUGGCAGUUCUCCGGAGACUCGGCUGUCCAUAAACAGUGUUUAAAGAGACAAACAGGCCGUACUUUCCGUGAUGGAGUUCCCCCAGCAUUCCCAGCAGCUACUGUCAGCUCUGCGUUCUCAGCGCCAGCGGGGCUUCCUCUGUGACUGCACCGUCCUGGUUGGCUCCUCGCGUUUCCUGGCUCACCGGGCUGUUUUGGCCUCCUGCUCGCCUUUCUUCCACAUGUUUUACUCAGAUUCCCCAGGGGCUAAUGGUGGAAACGGACUCAACAGCUCUGUCACGCUCGACAGCGACAUUGUCACAGCUGCUGCUUUUGGCUUGCUCUUGGACUUUGUCUAUGAAGGUGUGCUGCAGCUGGAGGAGUCUCUACCAGUGGAGGACAUAUUGGCAGCGGCAAGCUUUCUGCACAUGAACGAGGUGGUGAGAGUGUGCAAGAGACGACUGCAGAGACGAGGGCCUCUGGCUGAGGCUGACAGCACUCGCUCUGAAGAGAGCGCUGGUCUGAGGAAGGCAAUAGAGACAGGAAGAGAAGCUGGGCACGACAGUGGAGCUGAGCCUGUGGUGGCUGUGGCAGGAGAUCACUUGAACCCAGUCGCCAUGGCAGUGCCACUCUCACCAGUGUCCGUAGUGGCUGAGAGGAGGCAGUUGGAGUCUGUGAAGUCUGAACGGAGAACUGGUGGGGGGUCAUCAGAGGCACGAGUUCACACUCCUCUGAGCCCUGACCUCGCUGAUACCACCCAGCCAGGCAUGGAUGUCCCUCCUCUGCCCCCAGGUGGAGAGCUGGUGCAGGGCCUUAUUGCUGGCCAGUCAGUUCCUGCCUCUGAAGGUCACAUCAGGUUGGGGACUGGAGGUCUUGGGGAGGGGUUGGCACUCUGCAGCCCUUGCAGCACCACAGAGACAUAUAGCCACAACAGCAACCAGCAGCCCUCUUCCUCGUCCUCUUCCUCCCUGGCCCCAGUGAGUCAAGCUGGUGGUCGGUCAGUGGUUGCUCUUUCAGAAUCCAGCCUCUCCCCCAGCCCACAUCCAGACAUACCACAACUGCCCCGUGACAAUGACCCUGUUAAUAAAAGCUCAGACACUGACCACAGAAGCACAUCAGGUGGAGGACAGCAGAUGGUCGUGUUAAUCCAAGCAUCAGCACCCACCUCGCAUUUACAAACCAACCUGACAAACUCACCAAUUCAGCGUGCACCUCCCCAAAUCCGAAUCCAGAGCGCUGUGUCACUCCAACACCAAAGCAUCCACUAUCACUCUACUCGUCAGACACAAACACUUAAGGGACCUGAGGGGGAUGCAGGAGCUUCACCCACCACUAGAAAUAUGGGCAGAGUGAGGACAGACAACAGUGAUGGAGAGAAUGUAAAAGUCAAAGUGGAGGCCAUUGUUAUAUCUGAUGAAGAGCUAGAGGAGGAGAAAGAGGAAAGCAGAGAGAGAGAACCAAUGAUGGAAAUGGAAGAUGAGUUUGAAGAUGACAUCCAAGAAGAGGAGCUGAACAGCCCUCACUUUCUCCACUCCCACCCACAGGGCCUCCUACAGAUGACCUCCCAGUCAAAUGACUAUUCCUUCCCUCUGUCCCCCUCCUCCUCCUCCUCUGGUGCCGGCCCUUCCUCCCAGGAAACCUCCUCCUUUGCCCCCUCCCUCAUUCCCCCGUCCACAGCCCAGCAGCAUUCAGAUCCUCCUGCAUACUUCCAGGACUUCCAGGACUCAAUGGGGAACUUUGUGGAGGAUGUCCCCACAUGUGGCGUCUGUGGGAAGACUUUCUCAUGCACGUACACACUGAGGCGUCACGCCAUUGUACACACACGCGAGCGCCCGUACGAGUGCCGCUACUGCUAUCGGAGCUACACGCAAUCAGGCGACCUGUACCGGCACAUUCGCAAAGCUCAUGACCACACACUGCCGGCCAAACGCAGUAAGGCAGAUGUGGAGCCCUCCCUGCCACCACCACCCCUUAGCUAACACACAAACAGACACACAGUUGUAUUUCUACCCUUAUUCACUCUUACCAAACAUUAACCCAAUAUCCUGAUUCUAAUUCCACCUUCAACCCUAAAUCGAGUGGGUCUGUAAUUAGCAAUUUUCCCAAUUAAGUAAUGAAUUGUUUUGUCUAUAAAAUAUCAUAAAAUGGAGAAACAUGUCCAUCACAAUUUCCCAAAACCCAAGACAGCUUCUUCAAAUGCCCAACAGUGAAAAACUCAAUUAUUAUAGCACUAAAAUAAUCAGAAAAUAUUCAUUCAUAAGAAUUUGGCCUUUUUUCUUAUUAAGUUAUACAAAAUGAUAAAUUAAUUGUGAAAAUAGUUGCUGAAUAAUUUUGGUCUGUAAGCUAAUUAAUUUUCUAGUCCUGGCAGCUCUAAAAUUACAAUUCCUUUACAGUAAAUAAAGAGGACCGACAAUGGACCGAUAAUGUCAUCUCAUAAUAUCAUCACCUGGAAAUAUUUCCAGGGUAAUCUCCUGAAAUUAAAUUUUGGGAAUAUAAGGAAUUAAUUUCUUAAUUUCCUUUCCAGUAUGCCAGCAAAGUUUGACUGACUGUAAAUGUAGUAGCAUUGUACCGUCUAGUGUUUUAUUUACAGGUUUAACCUGUCAGAGUUGAUCACAUGGCAGCAAAUAUCUGCACAAACCCUAAAGUAAAAAUAAGAUUGUGCCAUUAUAGCUUAUAAAGCUCCUUCCUUGCAUCUAUUUUGAUAUAGCUGCAGAUGUAUACAGUAUGAAGUAGAAGAUAAACAGUGCCAAAUGGCCUUUUCUUUGCCUUGUUUCUUCAUCUCCUUUAGCAAUGCAGAAAAAAUGAAAUGUCUUUGCUUAGGAAGGUUCCUAAAUGACCCAACUGACCCAGAAGUAUCAAAGUGGCAGCUGUACAAACUGAAUGAAUCCUCUAAAUGCUAAGAAAGGUGCUUCAAUUUACUGUACGUACAAAUUUACCAAGAAAUUGCUGGUCCACAACUUUUCUGUUCUUUCAGGAUUUAAAUGAUGAACAAUACAGUAGCCUACUGUAAAUUCAGCUGGAUUCUCUUAGCACUGUGCCUGUCUUGUUCUGCUUUAUGAUUUCUCCAUCACAUAUUUCACAGAUUUUCCUUGACAUUUCCCAUCAGGGUCAAUUAGAAGACGUUUGGGAUGGAAAAUGGGUUUAAUUGUCCAAACCUACGUUCUUUGCUACGACAGCAGUGGAGGUGAGGGAGGAGGAGUCAAUACCUUUUGGGAUCCACCCUUUGUGUGUUUGGCUUUGCUUAUUCUGUAGUGUUUCUCCUGUAGUAGAAGACCGAAUAUACAGUAUGAACACACUUUUGACACAUGCAGUAAAUCUGCCUUCUCUUUAAAUGUUUAAAUUUAAAUUUUAAAUUGUGCCUCAAUGACUGUUUGACAGUUUUGAAUUUGUCCUUCUGCACCAUUUUACAUGUUUUUAGGAGCUGGUCUUAUGAAAAUUGAUUACUAUUUGUAUUACCACACAAACCAGUCAUAGAAUUGAUACUCUUAAGGAACAGUUCAAUAUUAUUUAGAGAGUUUCAUGGUAGCAAGUGUGCAAAAUCUAAAUGUUACCUUGUGAAUAAAGACUGUUCAGACUGAACAAUGUGUAAAUA